GUUCUCUGUUUAAAAGCAAGGGAUGCAUGUGCCUCCCUUAUGAAUUGACAAAGGUAUUGUGGGCUGUUUGUCAUCUUCAUCUUUACCUGAGGUUCUGAAUCCUACUGUGUCUGUGGCAUCAUGGGAAGGCAAAAGGUUUUCAUGGACAAAAUGAUGCAAAUGUUUCACAUCCGAAACCUACUGAUGCGUCAGGCUCUUGCGGAAUGCCUGGGCACCCUCAUUCUGGUGAUGUUUGGCUGUGGAGCUGUUGCUCAGCUAGUCCUGAGUGAAGGUUCGCAUGGAAUGUUCCUGACGGUGAAUUUCGCAUUUGGUUUCGCUGCCACACUUGGGAUUUUGGUGUGUGGCCAAGUUUCAGGUGGUCAUCUGAACCCAGCUGUGACCUUUGCUCUUUGCAUCCUUGGGAGAGAACCAUGGAAAAAGUUCCCUGUGUACUUCAUAUUUCAGACUGUAGGUGCCUUCCUUGGAUCUGGAAUCAUAUUUGGCAUGUAUUUUGAUGCACUUUGGGAGUAUCGGAAAGGCAGUCUGAUUGUGUUGGGUGAAAAUGCUACAGCUGGAAUAUUUGCCACAUUUCCAUCCAAACAUCUCAGCCUGGUCAAUGGCUUCUUUGACCAAGUGAUUGGCACAGCAGCUCUGAUCGUGUGUAUACUUGCCAUCGUGGACCCGUAUAACAACCCAAUCCCACGUGGGCUAGAAGCCUUCACUGUGGGCUUUGUGGUUUUGGUUAUUGGCCUUUCUAUGGGAUUUAACUCGGGUUACGCCGUGAACCCAGCCAGAGACCUCGGACCCCGAAUCUUUACCUCAAUUGCAGGCUGGGGCAGUGAAGUCUUUACAGUGAACGAUUAUUGGUUCUUUGUUCCGAUCUUCGCACCAUUUAUCGGUGCCAUGGUGGGCGUUUUGGUGUACCAGCUGAUGGUGGGAUACCAUUUGGAGGGAGAAUCCCAAGAGAGGGAAGAAGCAGAAACCCGCAAAGAGAAAGUAAGGCUGAAGUCAUGCAAAGCGUCUGGGUAAAAUGCCAUAGUGUAAAAUCUCACUUAUAAUUCUUUUAUUGUUAAAGUCAUUUCUUACGGUCCAAAUCCCAGACAGUUUGUCUUCAUGUUCCCUUUGACAUUUAGAGCUCAUAGUCCCUCUUCUCUCCAUUCGAAAUCCCAGACAGCAUAAGUCCCAUGUUUUCUUUGGCACAUAACAUUUCACUGCCUGUGUACAGCCGUCUGAUUGCCCUGAUGUCCUACCUAAAUCCCAGAAUGUUUGUCCUCUCUUACUCACUGCUUUUAAUGUAUAACCAGACAAGUCUAGACAUGGCUAAAUCCUGCACUAAACCCACAAACCACAAGAUCCUUAUUUCUGACAUAUUAAUCUUGUUCAAGAACAGCUGUGUCUUGAACAGCACUAAAAGCAUAUCAAAAUUCAUUUGCAUUUUUUUUUUUGCAUUGUUACUUAUAUAUUUUUCCCUCUUAAAGUGUGUUGUUUCUUAUCUCACAUAUGUCUGUAUUGACAUAAUUGAGAUUAAGAAGAAGAUAAUGACUUUAUAUCAUAUUUCAGGUAACCACAAGAAGACAUAAUUAGAGAAGCAGAGUAAUAUACAGUAUACCUAUGGAUAGAAUUUCCCACUGAUUAAAAUAUGUCUAAAAAUAACCUCCAUCUCCACCUAUAACUUGUUUAUUUUGCAUGUUGUACUAAUUGUUGCAUUUAUUAUAAGAAGGAAUAACAGAAGUCAGGGGUUAUCAUGGUUAGUAUAUUUGCCUUGCCUGGGGUGUGCUUUCUUCCCUCUGCCCUCCCCAAGUCCAGAGACAUGCGUUGUGGGCUGAUUGGCAUCUCUAAAUUGUCUGUAGUAUGUUUUAAAGGAUGUCUUUACUUUGCUUUGUGCUCCUAAUCCCCUGGGAAAGUCUCCAGGUUCCCUGUGACCCUGUGUAGGAAAAGCGCUACAGAAAAUGGAUGGAUAGAUAACAGAAGUCCUAAAUUCUAAGUUGGUGGUUACUUGUUAUUUCGUCAUUGUUAUGUUGAAUAAUCUUUUGUGGUCUGCAUAUGUUGAUCUUUUAUUCAUUUUUGUUUUUAAUUUGUGAUAGUUAUCAUCCAAGCAUAAGGAACCUAUUUCCAUCUGUUGUAUUAAUUACUAACCUUUUUCCAUUUAUCGUAUUAAUGUUAUCGAUUUAUGUAUUCAUGACACUUAUCUGUGUUAAUUGAGAUGCUUUUUUUUCCCAUUACAUAUACGUAUCAUUAAAGGAAAUGUUGAAAUAUUAGAGAUACAGUUUGUUGCUAAGGUUUGCAUUGUCUAAAUAGAAUAUUCGAAGCAUUCCUUACAUCCUAAGGGCAUGUUCAUGCAUUUAGAGACUUUCACAGUAAAUAAAACAUGAAAAAUGUCCAAUGUGGCCCAAUACACCAAGGCCGGCAUUACGUUUCCUCUCAUCUCUGCCAAAAAAUUCCCUUUGAGCCUUGAGGCACUCAUAAAACGCACUGUUUGAGUCUUUUUCAGCUUCAUCAAGCAUAAAGUGGACAAGUCGAAGGCCAUUUUCAACAAUGAUGCCAUAAAUAAAACCUGCUUAGGUGAAGACUUAUUUUCAAACAACACUACUACAUGGGCACUAAAGUUUUGCCCUCUAAUGGAUUUUACAUCACAGCUUUAAACAGAUCUCCAACUUUUGCUUGAUAUUGAUAUUGCACCAUUGGAAAGAUUCUUCUGUGAGAAGGGUUUUUUUGUGCACUUGUGCCCUUAGAGCAAAGUUACACUUUAAAUCAAUAUAAAGUUAUUCUGAUGGUUCGCCUUAAUCCAAUUAUGAAAUAUUGAUGGGAGUUGUCUUAUCCAGCAUGACUCCACAUGGCACAAGGACACUGUAUCGUUUAAUGAGCUUGAAAAUGGUCUAAAUCGUAUGUUAUGGCCUUCAUCGUCACAGGAUCUCAAUCUAGUUGAAGACCAAUGGGAGAUUUUGGAGUGAUGUGUUAGACAGUGUUCUCGACUACAUCAUUAAAUCUUUUAUUGAGGGAAUAUCUUUUGGAAGGUGGUGUGCAAAUACGGUAUAUGAUCAAAUGUUUUAUGUGAAAAAUGUUUACAGUCAUAAAAUCCCAAAUGAAAUGAUGAUAUUCUAUCUGACAUGUUAUUAAAUUGUUGAGCAUUUA